AUGAGGAGAUAUAAAGGAAGAGACAGAUUGGAGCUCUCAUCACUGAGACAUCAGCAGAGGAACUGGUCCAGCGGCAGCAAAACCUCCAGAGAAGCUCCUGCUCAGAAGCCUUCAUCAUCGUCACCUUUCAGACAGCUUUUAUCAGCUGUGUGGAAAGCUUUCAAGAUGUUCCACCACCUUUGUCUUGUCAUUGCACUGACAGGCGCUGCUGUCGCUGAAAUCUGCACCGUGACGGGUCCCACGGUCAUUGACUUCCAAGGUUUUCUAAACAAUGUGGUGGAUCGGUGUGGGCACUCUCUCAUGUCAGACACGGACGCUGGCUUCGAGGUGCUCGCUCACUUCCUGGAACGCCGCCGUAAAGACGUGAGCUUUGUGGACAGCGUGACUCUGUCCGUGGCUGGUUCUGGAGACAUUGUCCUGCAACAAGGAGGCAGAGUCCUGGUGAACGGCGCAGUGGUGUCCCUCAGCAAGACAGUGAAAAACUUUUUUGGCAUUGACAUUUAUGAGGAUGAAACCGGAGUUACUGCAGAGCACAUCACCUCCGAAUACACCGUCACCGUGUUCUUUGACGGCACCACAGCACAGAUCUCCACGGACGAGCCUCAUAACUCCACUCUGACCGGUCUGUGUGUUGACUCCAGGGACAUUUCCAGCCCCGCCAGCUGCAAGCUGCACACAGAAGCUCCGGACAGCUCGGUCAACUGUGCAGCAGUGAUCAAACGCUGCAACAUGUUGACCAAACACUCCUUCGCCUCCUGCAACGCCGACGUUGACCCGACGCCCUACAUGCAAGCCUGCCAGGCAACGAUGUGCAGAUAUCCUCUGCAGGACGCUCUCAUCACGCAGUUCUUGUGGGCCUACGCCCGGGCCUGCGGCCUGAACGGACACAGUGAACUGGGAGACUGGUGGACCAAGGCUGAAUGCUCUCCACCGAAGGCCUACUGUCGGGACGUAAUCUGCACUGAUCAUGAGUUCUGUGGGUGGAAGUUCAGCGGAGAACCUGCCUGCCUCUGCAGAGCUGAGUUCGCCUCCAAGUACAAAGAGUCCAACACUCUGGGUGAGCCAACAGUCUGCAAGCACAGCUCUGCCUCGUUGACUCUGGCCAAGUGUCUGAUGGAGGAACGAGGCAUCGACUACAAAGACUUACAUCUGAAUGACCAGAGAUGCAGGGGGAAGCUGGACAGGAAGUCCAACAUGGUGACGUUCAACUUCAACACCGAGAAACUCUGUGGAGCGGAGAUCACCUACAACAACAACGAAAUCAACUACACGAACGCCAUCAUGAGCCAGAACACCACCGACCUCAUCGUUCGCCACGACCAAGUGUUCAUCGAGUUCUCCUGCUUCAACUCUCAGCCUGAACUGAAGAGCGUGUCCUUCAGAGUCAAAGACAACAGCUAUGUGUCGACAGUAAAAAGUGGAGAGUGGACGUACAACGUGUCCAUGACCCCCUACAUCGAUGAGAAAUGCUCUAAAGCUGUAGCUACAGAUACUGACGUGAAGCUCGACCAGAAGGUCUGGGUGGAGCUGAGGACCAAGGGGCUGGACGCAAAGAGGAUCGCCGUGGUGACCAAGUCCUGCUGGGCCACCAGCGAGCCGAACCCUGACAGCACGCCACGAUACGACCUGAUCGUCGACGGCUGUGCCAACCCUGAUGAUGGCACGGUGCACGUGAAGGGGAACGGAGUGGGAACCUCCAACCUCUUCUCCUUCAACAUGUUCGAGUUCACCAGGCAUCCUGAUAACGUCUAUCUGCACUGCCAGCUCCAGCUGUGCAUCAUAAAGGACAACAUCUGUGUCCCGACGGUUUCCAUGGUGACCCUGACUGAGCGACAGGCUGCCGACCUUCAUGCCGACCUGAGUCCUGAUGCAGAGCGACGUGAGGGGACGAGCUCGUUUCCAGCUGCAGUGAUGACUCACAGCUGGAAUUAG